CUGUGGCACCCUUUCGGUGUCAAACUGCCAUGCCACCCGAAGGUUGCACGAGGGCUGGAAUACUGCCAGGUUGCCCAAGCCUAGACAACGGAAGUCGAGAGGCAGAGGUCGGGCUCGAACCACGGACCUUUCGGUCAGUAAAUUCGCGCUUUAACCACUUGGGCCAUCUCGUCCCCCAUGCCUUGACUACUGGUACUGAAAUUAUUAACACUGGUGGUCUAGAAAAUCAGGAUGUUGCGCAACAGAAGAAUCGAGAGAAAACGUACCAUUUCAAUCAAUUGUCGACAACGAAGCUGAACCAACAGCUCCGGACAUCUCUCAAGUACCUGUGGGUACAAGUGAUUCAGAGUUGCGGCGGCUCUGCCGUACUGACAUCGUCUGCAAAAACGACAGGAAGAGAGCGACACAGCAAAGACAAUAGCCUUGGUGCAGGACAACCAUUGGCCGUAAAGGUCACUGAUCAUUGGUUUGUUGUAUCGCAAACCCCAUCCGGAGAGACGGCAGUUACCAACGCGACUCAGUUGAUUAACAAGGACUAUCAUACUUGGUUACACACUCAUGGACUAACCUCCGCUGAGUCGUCUACAUCCGACACAAGGGUGGGCAAACAACUUGUGAUUAAGGAGCGAACUGAAAUGUUCGCAGUUCGAACUCGACUUCUGUCUAGGCAUGGGCAACCUGGCAGUGUCCCGGUCGUGGUGCUUCCUUCGGGUGGCAUGGCAGCUAGGCACCGGAAGGGUGCUACAGCUGAACGAUUAUUUCUAUUUAUUCACUUAGUACAGAGGAUCCUACGAGGCAAACGGUCCUCUGCCAUACGAAAAGGCUUACCGAAUCUUCGGAGUGAACUUUGCUCCAUAAGUUUGUCGGAAACAUUCAGAGAAAACCUAUGCCAAACAACAGUGAUAUGGAGUAACGAAUGCACUCCUGAGUCAAUGAUCAUCGACACCCUUUCGGUGCCUAGCUGCCAUGCCACACAUGAAGGAGGCACGGAGGCUGGGAUACUGCCAGGUUGCCCAAGCCUAGACAGGGGAAGUCGAGUGUCAGAGGUCGGGUUCGAACCACGGACCUUCCGGUCAGUAAAUUCGCGCCCUAACCACUUGGUCCGUCUCGCCCCACUGAAAUAUCAAGACU